GUAUAAGUACGUGAUUAAAAUUUGCAAUAAGAUUUUCAUCUUAAACACCGAUCGUACAUCUUAAGCUCUCAAUUUCCUCUACAUCCGUGAAUUUCCCUGGGCGCUGCCCAAACAAACAAUUUUGAUAUUAACAUGAGAACACUCAAACAAUUUUCAUCAGUCCCGAUUUAGUUUCCAUGAAAUGUUAUCCAGGAACUUUUCUCGAUUCAUCUGGAAAUUCGGAAAAUGGCUAUCUUCAAGAAAUUCUGUUUUUGUAUGUCUCUGGAAGUGGGAUCGGUUGUGAUAGGAUGUCUUGGGAUACUCGAAGGCAUAGUUUACACGAUCGUUAUAUUGAUGAACUUCCAGAGUCGACUCUGGCCCCACGGAAUUGAGGAGCCUUACAAUAUAGACUAUCUACGGGUUCUGCUGGCAAUUGCACAGGUCGUCUGUUCGGUGCAAUUAGUGAUUAGUGUUGAAUGCCAGAGAAGUGCAUGCACCUUGCCUUGGCUGGUUGUGAAUUUCUGUGAUUUAGUUGAUCGCCUUGUGUUUUUGUUGAGCGUGACCUUUGGCGGAAAACAAACUGUUGAGGUGGAUGUUCGUGAGAUUGCUCUUGGAAUUCUGUUUAUGGUGCUAAUUUUCGAAAUAUGGUUUUACUGCUGGCUCUGCGUCCUAUGCUUCUACUUGGAGCUGAGGAAGGUGAUACAAAAAUCUGAAUUAGACAUGUAUCCAAUAGAUUUAGAUAAUAUUGAUGCGGACAUGUAUCUCGUUUAGUACUGAACUGAUUUUUGAAUAAAAAUUUAUAACUCU